ACGACUCAACAACAACAAAAGUAAGAGAUGAACGAGGCAGCGGCAGCCCCGCUCCGGACUCGCUCAUGAUUCCCAGUUACCGGGUUCCGAAUUAUUCCGCUGCAAACAAGAAAAGACACGAGUUUCUGCUAAGAAUCCAGAUACGGGAGAAAUAGGAUUUAUCCGAGAAGGUGUUUCAUUUCCCUAACGAGGCAUGGUAACCCUAUGGGAUGUUAUCAUCACUGAUGCAGCCCAAGACACCAUUUCCUCUUGCCCAGAGGGGACACCCAGGAGAGUGUGGCUCCAGCCAGGAGGACUUCCUGACACACCUGGUCUGGAGGCUCCUCCCCCUGGGCGUGUCCAGGUAGAGGGGCGUGGCCCCGGCAGAUCCUGCAAAACGCAUCCUCCUCUUUUUUGCUCUCUUGCCAGCAGCGCAUGGCUCAUCCUCACAGAGUCUGGAAGUCACAAGGGAGAACGUCUUAGGCUUAGCUCAGACUUCUUUUCUCUGCAGAUUUAACUGGAACCACAAGACAAAUCCUGCCUUUCAGAUUUACUGCUGUGAGCAGAAUGGCUGCUGGAGGCCAACGAGGACCUCCGCCUCUACAAACACCUUUUCGACAACUACGACAAAGGGGCCCGGCCGGUGCGCAACGAGGGGGACGUGGUGGAGGUCAGCAUCAAGAUGACCUUAACCAACCUCAUCUCCCUGAACGAGAAGGAGGAGACCCUGACCACGAACGUCUGGAUUACACAUCAAUGGUUCGAUUACCGGCUGGAAUACAAGAGCGAGGACUAUGGCGGCAUCUCGGCGCUUCAGGUCCCCGCGGACAAGGUCUGGCUUCCAGACAUCGUGCUGGAAAACAACAUCGACGGGAAUUUCCAGGUGGCUUAUUUCUGCAACGUCCUGAUCUACCCUGGGGGGUCCAUCUUCUGGCUGCCCCCAGCCAUCUUCCGCAGCACCUGUGCCAUCGAAGUCACCUUCUUCCCCUUCGACUGGCAGAACUGCUCCCUCGUCUUCCGGUCCCAAUCGUACAACGCCAGGGAAGUGGUGCUUACAUUUGGGGGCGACGACCAGACCGGGGAGCCCGUGGAGGAGAUUGUGAUUGACCCAGAGGCUUUCACAGAGAAUGGGGAGUGGGCCAUUCAGCACCGGCCGGCCCGCAAGGCCCUGGCCCCCGUCUCCGGGGUGGAGGCCCCCGGCUUCUCGGAGAUGCGCUACUACCUCAUCAUCCAGCGCAAGCCCCUCUUCUACAUCAUCAACAUCAUCAUCCCCUGCGUCCUCAUCUCCUCGCUGGUGGUCCUGGUCUACUUCCUGCCUGCCGAAUCUGGAGGCCAGAAAAUCACCGUCAGCAUCUCUGUCCUGCUGGCCCAGACUGUCUUCUUGUUCCUCAUCGCCCAGAAGGUUCCGGAGACCUCGCUCAGCGUCCCCCUGAUCGGAAAGUACCUGCUGUUUGUGAUGGUGGUGGCCACCCUGAUUGUCACAAACUGCGUCAUCGUCCUCAACGUCUCCCUGCGCAGCCCCAGCACCCACACCAUGUCGCAGCGGCUGAAGCACGUCUUCUUGGAGCUCCUUCCACGCUACCUGGGCUCCAGCUUGGAGCCGGCGGAAGAAGACCCCUGGGACGCCCCCCGCCCUCGACGGCGCAGCUCCUUCGGGGUGAUCCUGAAGGCGGAGGAGUAUAUCUUGAAGAAGCCUCGAAGCGAGAUCCUCUUUGAGCGCCAGGGAAAGCGCCACGGGCUCCAGAGGGUGCCAGGAUACAGCACGGCUUACGGCCUGGACGUGGGGGGGACCAGCACCCUUUACAAGAACCUGGCAAGUCUAGCCCCCGAAAUCAAGGGAUGUGUGGACGCCUGCAACUUCAUUGCCGAGAGCACCAGGGAACAGAGCGCGGACAGUGCGGAGAUGGAGAACUGGGUGCUGAUCGGGAAAGUGAUUGACAAGAUGUGCUUCUGGGCAGCCAUGGCCCUCUUCGCCAUCGGAACCCUCGCCAUCUUCGCCAUGGGGCAACUCAACGCCGCGCCAAGCAACCCCUUCCCGGGAGAGGAGCUCCAGAAGUAGGAGCACUGCGCAUGAAUCAGCCCCGGGGUGUGUGUGGCACAGGGAGCUCCUCUCUGUGGCUCCAGGGGACCUCUGGGGUCUCCCAGCUGCUUGACCUGAAUUUUGUGUCCUGCACCCCAACAAGCAGGUCUGAA